AUGUCGCCGUCCUCGAACGGCGACUCACCGCACUCGGCAACAGCCACCAUGACAGGGGCUACCAACGCCGCUGUCGUCAGGCCGUUUCCGUUGCCGAAUCGAGACUUUUCGGUUGAAAUUCCAUCUCCCCAACUUGGCGCAGCCACCAAUGGCGCCAAUACGUUAAAAUCGCCAACAUCACUCAAAUCGGCGCGAACGCCCAGCUUCAGCCGCGAGGGCAUUCUCGGUUCGGCACAGAAGGCUCGCAACCUUUCACAGACAGCCGAGAAUAGACCGGAAAACGCCACCAAUGGCAUUCCGAAAUCACAGAGUGAUGUCGAGAGCAUCAAUCCGCUGAAAAGAAGAAAUACAGAUGCCGGGGUGGAUUAUCCAAGGCGGAGAGCUACCAUUGCCUGCGAGGUAUGCCGGUCGAGAAAGUCGCGAUGCGAUGGGACGAAACCCAAGUGUAAGCUCUGCACGGAGCUGGGCGCUGAAUGCAUCUACCGGGAGCCCGGGAUCAAACUGGAUGCCGGGGACAAGCUCAUCUUGGAGCGGCUCAAUAGGAUCGAGAACCUGCUCCAGAUGUCGAUUGUUGGCAACGGGAGCGGCAUUGGUUUAUCGCACGAUUCGCCCAACAUGAGCAAUGGCACUGGUCUCAGCGGCGACAACCUGAUGAUGCAGAACGCCGCCAACUUCGUCUCGGUUAUCCCGAGCGGCGGUCUUGGAACCUGGUCCGCGACAGCCACCAACAACAUAUCCACCAUGCCAAAGGUGCACACGAAUGCGGCUCUUCACCUGCUGCAAUGGCCGCUGAUUCGGGACUUGGUUUCGCGGCCCUACGACCCGCAAAUUCUCCUUCAGCUUGAAAUGGCCCGCGAGCCGCUGCAUUCGCUUACCAAGACGCCUUGCGUCGACUUGUCCAACACAAAUGCCUACAUUGAAGCCUACUUUGACCGAGUCAAUGUCUGGUAUGCGUGCGUGAACCCAUACACGUGGAGGAGUCAUUACCGGAUUGCCCUUUCAAACGGUUUCAGAGAGGGGCCGGAAAGCUGCAUUGUGCUUCUCGUCCUGGCGCUCGGCCAGGCGAGCCUGAGAGGAAGCAUAUCGAGAAUUGUUCCACACGAGGAUCCCCCUGGGCUUCAGUAUUUCACCGCCGCCUGGUCAUUGCUGCCCGGCAUGAUGACGUCCAACAGCGUGCUUGCGGCGCAGUGCCACUUACUGGCUGCCGCCUACCUCUUCUACCUCGUCCGGCCCCUAGAAGCGUGGAACUUGCUCUGCACAACCAGCACGAAACUACAGCUUCUGCUGAUGACACCCAACCGAGUCCCGGCCGACCAGAGAGAGCUGAUUGAGAGGAUCUACUGGAACUCGCUCCUCUUUGAGAGCGACCUACUCGCAGAACUGGACUUACCACAUUCGGGGGUUGUGGCGUUCGAGGAGAAUGUCGGCCUUCCUUGCGGUUUCGAAGGGGAUGAGCAGGAGGCGGUCGGCCGAGACGACUUGUGGUACUUCCUGGCCGAGAUUGCUCUGCGGCGGCUGCUGAACCGAGUCAGCCAGCUCAUUUACUCCAAGGACUCGAUGGCCUCGACGACCAGCCUCGAGCCAGUGGUUGCCGAGUUGGAUUUCCAGCUGACGCAGUGGUAUGAGAGCCUGCCCUUGCCACUGCAGUUUCCUUUCACACGCACCAUGCUCCCUGAUCCGGUGCAGACAGUGCUCCGACUUCGAUUCUACGCUUGCCGAACCAUCAUCUACCGGCCGUAUAUUCUCGCUGUUCUCGACAAUGAACAGGCCGUAUUGGACCCCGCGGUGCGGGACAGUUGUACGAAGUGCCUAGAAGCCUCAAUUCGGCAAUUGGAGCACAUCACUGCACAUCACGCCGGACACAUGCCGUACCUCUGGCAAGGCGCACUCUCCAUCGUGUCGCAGACCCUCUUGGUCAUGGGCGCGACAAUGUCCCCAUCGCUGUCCAGCAUCCUCUGGAGUCUCGUACCGCACCGCGAGGCAAUCGAUCAGAUCAUCAACGAUGUCAUUCUGGAAAUCGAACGCUACGCAGUCCUAUCACCCAGCCUCAGCCUCUCGGCUGAGAUUAUCAAGGAAGCUGAGGUCAGGCGCCGGACCUUUCUCAGCGGUUGA